AUGACAUCCAUUGCGGAGGGCCUGUUUAAAUCGCUACCUAAACCAAAAUACACGGGCGAAGAAGAGGAGCUGCCACAACAUGGCCAGCGUGGACCGCGAAUCGUAGGGCCGGGCCAGCUCGAUGAUACACAGAUUGUUCUCCGGAGGACCGGCCCCCCUCCCUACGGCAAUCGUGCAGGAUGGCGACCCCGAGCCCCCGAAGAUUUCGGCGACGGCGGCGCGUUCCCGGAAAUCCUCGUCGCGCAAUACCCCCUCGACAUGGGCCGGAAGGGCACACAAUCGAAAUCGAAUGCGCUCGCGGUACAAGUCGACGCGGAGGGAAAGGUCAAAUACGACGCCAUCGCGCGACGCGGACACGGCGAUGACCGGAUCGUGCACGCCUCGUUCAAGGAUCUGAUCCCGCUCCGGCAACGGGUGGACAUGGGCGAGGUCUCGCUGGACAGGCCGUCGGAGGAAGAAGUCGAGGCGCAGAUGGAGAAGACGAAAAACGCGCUUGCGAGUCUGGUAUCCGGUGCUGUGGCGGCUCAGAAGCCGAAGAACGUCAAGGGCGGAAGUCGGGCGGAGCCGACGUUUGUCCGGUAUACGCCGGCGAACCAGAUGGGGGAUAUGAGUCGGAAGAACGACCGCAUUAUGAAGAUUGUGGAGCGCCAGCAGGAUCCGAUGGAGCCACCAAAGUUCAAGCAUAAGAAGAUUCCUCGCGGGCCGCCGUCGCCGCCUCCGCCGAUUAUGCAUUCGCCCCCUAGGAAGCUCACCGCGGAGGAUCAGGAGGCGUGGAAGAUCCCGCCGCCUGUGUCGAAUUGGAAGAAUCCGAAGGGUUACACGGUGCCGCUGGAUAAACGGUUGGCGGCUGAUGGGCGGGGUCUACAGGAUGUUACGAUUAAUGACAAGUUUGCGCAGUUUGCGGAGGCGCUGUUCACGGCCGAUCGGCAUGCUCGUGAGGAGGUGCGUCUACGUGCUCAGAUGCAACAGAGAUUGGCGGAGAAGGAGAAGUUGCAAAAGGAAGAGCAUCUCCGUGCUCUGGCUCAAAAGGCGCGCGAGGAGCGUACCACCGGUCGUCGUGAUUCUCGCGUUUCACGUUCACCCAGCCGCAGCCGAAGCCGCAGUCUGUCCGAAGCGUCCUACCGAUCCCGCACCCCCAGCGAAGACGAAGAAGCCGCCCGGGAGCGCGAACGCAUCCGUCGCGAGCGACGCCAAGACGCUGAGCGACAGCUCCGCCAAUCGCGCAUGGGUACCGAGCGACGAAUCCAAGCAAUGGCCCGCGAACAGAACCGUGACAUUUCAGAAAAGGUCGCUCUCGGUCUAGCGAAGCCAACACAAUCCUCCGAGUCCAUGUGGGAUUCCCGCCUGUUCAACCAGACAAGCGGAAUGAGCACCGGAUUCAACGAAGACAACCCCUACGACAAGCCGCUGUUUGCCGCGCAGGACGCCAUCAACAGCAUCUACCGUCCCAGGGCACAAGCAGACUUUGACGACGAAGCCGACGCGGAGGGCGAGAUAGGCAAAAUUGAAAAGUCGAACCGGUUUGAAGUCCUCGGCAAGGCGAAGGAGGGAUUCCGCGGUGCCGCUGACGCAGAGGAAAGAAGCGGCCCCGUCCAGUUCGAAAAAGACACAGCCGACCCAUUCGGCAUCGACAGCAUGAUUGCCGAUGUGACCGCGGGCGGAGGCAGCGGCAGUGGAGCCGGCCAGAAGCGCUACGGAAUCCAGGAAGCUGAUACCGAGAAUCGGGGAUCGAAGCGCGCGAGGGUCGAUGAGGACGAUUAG